CGAGUUCUAAUCGGAUGUCGGAGUUGAUCACUUGACACGGGUUGGUUUGUAGCAACCGGGCGGCAUCGCACCGCCAUCACGAAACUAGCUUUCAUUAGUGGGAAGUUGCACCUCGUCCGGACCCAAACCGUUGGCUUCCACCAUACGCUGGCCACUAAUGGCACUGCUGAUUAUCGUUCAAUUUGCACCAUUUAGUAGCAUCGCGAGUAAGCGAACGGUUUCGGGAGGUCCAACGAGAUGAUAAGUGUUACGUGCCGCACGUCAGCAGUGUGCGUCGGAAGUGAUGGCUUCCAGACGGGACCGCGAAGUUGUCGCUUCCUGUGCGAGCCGAGAAUAGAUCGUGGAUUGUGUAAUUUACAUCAUGUGCUGGUGCCCGUAUUCAGGUGCAGAUCACUUGAUCGUGUGUCAGCAUAAACUCACCGUUGCGAAAUCAUAUCGGUCGGAGCGGGAGGGAUCGGGAACGGGGACGUUCAUGGUGGGGGGUAAUCACGAGGAUGGACAUUUGUCUAGUGUGCUCGUACCGAUGUAAACAACCAGUGGCUGGGGUGUCAAACCCACAUGCAAGGUAGUGUGCGUUACGCGUACGAUUGCUUCUGUUGUUUGAGGUUAUCAGGCCUUUUUGUUUUGUUUAUUAAUCAUUCCACUAGCAUGAACCAUUCAUGACUUGCUUCCCUGUCGAACGCUCCAACGCCGUUCAGUUUGAUUACAGCGUUCGGUACGAUCGUGCUCCGUUCGCUGGCACGAUGAAGCGCACUUUCGACUACCAUCCGCCAACGAUUUGCUACGACAAGCCAGCGAUGGCCGUCGUGCCCAGGGACGAGUAUGAAUCCCGUCGGAUUCAGGCGCUGGCCGGCACCCGCGUGCUGCAGCUGAUCGUGCCGAAACGAUCGGCCCGCACGUGGACGAUGCAGGCCGGCGAUGUGUGCCGCGUAUCCCUUCCGGAAGGGUCGCAGGUCGGCGAUUUGAAUCUGUGGAACCUGGAGCACCCCCGGCAGGAACGGUUCUAUUCGGGCAAAACGCGCCAGAUCCAUUCGACGCACCUGAAAACGUACGAUCGGCUGUGGAGCUGCGUUCCGUACCUGCGGCCGAUGGCCACGUUUGUGCGGGAUUCGCUCGAAGACUACGGCAUCGAUCGGGAUGGCGGAUCGCUGCACGAUGUGGUCGGGACGAGGUGUGAUGACUACAUCUACAAGCUUAUUACGGGGCAGGAUCGGUUCGGCAGCUGCCACAGCUACCUGACCGAGGCCGUGAAGGAGCACGGUUUGGGCGAGGAGGAUGUGCACGACACGUGGAACAUUUUCAUGUGCACCGGGUUUACGCGGGACACUCAGCAGUACUUUUGUAAGCCAAGUCCCGCUCGGAAAGGGGACUGUAUUGAGUUUUUGGCGGAAAUGAAUCUGCUCGUUGCGCUCAGCGCUUGCCCACAGGGUGAUGUUUCGAUACAGGUCGGCCAGAAAGUGCCGGACGAAAAGUGUUUCCCAUUGCUGGUGGAGGUUUUUCGAGCGAAUUGAUGCGCUGCACGAUAGAAUUAAGACCAUAAUACAUUAAUGCAGCUCUUUAUGAAAUUAAAUGUUUGCUACGCUUUUAAUCAGCUUUGUUUGGAUGUUAAACUGUUGGUUGGUCUCUUGGUCGUUUACGUGCGUGUGAAAAUGUGUUCAAAUUCUGCUCAGUAACGUCAAUUUCAAAUUCGAAAAUGACACCCUGAACGUACGCAGCCAGGUAUAUCAGCAGCCCUAAAACCGGUUUUGUGAACUCGCCAACGCGAAUUUUCCUCACUGGCGAUGUUUUUUGUAAGUCGUUGUGAUGGUUUUUUACAUUUCGAGCGACGACUUUUGAAGGUGCGCUGAUGUCCGAUUGUGUUGGUGGGCAAAAUUAACGGCAAAAUUAAUCGAAACGAACACUGCCGGCAAGUAAAGG